CACACCGUUUCCUCCAAACCAACAACUUAAAUAAUCCAGUAAUCAUAUCUUCAGGAUCAUACAUGGUGUCGCUUUUACCAACAUGUCCUGUGCGGCAAGUUUGUCAAACGUAGACAACAAGGAGAUAGGCAUGGAAGAUGCAAUUGACACUGGACCUCUGGCAGGCUUGAGAUCCAGCGACCUGCGAGCUGCUUCUUCUACAGCCACUUGCAGAUUCUUUUGUCCAUUUCCACGGCCUCCGUUAGCCUCUCGAUCGUGCUCGAUUGCUUGCUCUUGCUGUAGCUAGGCGGAGACAAAGUCAGUAGCUCGCGGCGGCGUUCGUUGCACUUGCAGCAAUGGUGGAACUGACGGUGUCCGUGCUCCUCCUGGUCGCCGGCGUCGUGGCGAUGCUGGUGCUCCACGUCCUCAUCGUCGUCUGGGCGCUCAGGCGGGGCGUCGUCCUCCGCGCCGCGGCGUCGCGGCGGCAGGACGAGGAGCGCGCGGCGGGGCAGGGGCUGUCGCCCGAGGACCUGAACGAGCUGCCGUGCCACGACCACGAGUGCAGCAAGGCCGGCGCCGGCGCGGCGGGCGCCGAGUGCGCGGUGUGCCUGGAGGCGUUCCAGGCCGGGGACCGCUGCCGGGUGCUGCCCCGGUGCGAGCACGGGUUCCACGCGCAGUGCGUCGACCAGUGGCUGCGCAAGAGCCGCCUGUGCCCCGUCUGCCGCGCCGAGGUCCUUGGCAUCGGCCGCGGAAAGACGGCCGGCGCGGUGGCCGGCGCGUCCUCGGCGUCGGCGGUCGUGACUGAAAGACAUGGAGCUGCGGAUCGGUAGGUAGCGAGCAUCUAGAGCUAGCUCGUUGCUGCCUGAAUAGUGAAUCCUUCCUGCUUGUGCUAUCUGAAGCAGAUUCUUCCUCUGUUAUUACAUGAUUCAGUCAAUCCUUUGUAAUUAAGAAGCACAUUUAAUUCAUUCUAUUUCUAUAGUUUAA